AUUACUAACGAGUGCAAAAACAAAUACUUCAUAAUUUAUUUCCCAGUUUCAUUCAAGGAUGAAAAAUGGCAAAUUUGAUUUUUCUGAUAUAUAAAGGAUUAUUUGUUCUUCAAUUAUUUAGGGUUGUUUCUGCAGCUGGCCACGUGAGUAUACAGAUACAAGUUUUGCAAUAUGACAACCGAGGAGGAACAUCAUAUCAUGGCUCAAAUGUCACUUCGGCAAGAAAGUGUUGCGAUGCUAACAGUUUUCCAAUAUGUAACGUGAACGAUUUAUGUGACUCAUAUUUUGUCUUCUGUAUUGAUGGUGUUACUAACAAUGGAAGCUGUAACGGGCCGCAUUUUUCAACGAAGCUUCUGACAGACAGUAAUUCAUUUUCAACUUCACAUGACAACACCAUAGCAUAUUUCUUCAAUUGGGACAAAUGGCAUUCGGGCGCUAUUAAUUAUAUCGCUACUGUAAUGGACAAAGAUCCCAAAGGCGCCGAACUCAUCGAUAAUUUUACAUCGGCAGCUUCAUUAAAAGUCGACGCAAACUAUCGGGAAUCUACUACACAACUGUUGUCAUUCAAAAAUUUUAUAACUUUAGAUUUAGGUAUAAGAAUUUGGUGUCAGGACGGAUAUGCGGGCACUAACUGCAAUAGAAAAUGUACUGGGAAACCGUUUAGUAUUUGCACGAAAAAUCAUGGAUCAACCCUAUUGCCAUCUUGCAGUGACGAAGAUAUUAUGCAACUUCCGUCUCUAUCUGGAUCUACAUUACCAAUGGACUUCACCCCAGCGCACAUAGAAAAGUUAUUAAGGCAUUUUAUAAUGGAAGAAGUUUGUCCAGAAGCAAUCCACUUAAACGUUUCAGUUAUUUACUUCACACUCUCAGGAUCGAUAGAGUUCAAGGCAACAUGUGACAAUAAAGCUAUUAGAAGUUUGCUGCUCACUACGCAUUUGUACAUACUUAGUCAGAACCAAAAAAGUAAUCCAACCACUGCUCAGUAUUUCCCGAACAUACCAUUUAACAAGCCAGGUGUUCAACAGAUAAAACCUGCAAGCUCUAGGGUGUACAUUCUAAUGAUGAUGAAGCCUGUAAGUUAUCAUGACUCAAUAACACAAUGUAAAGGUGAUGGUUGCAGCAUGAGAAUUUCCGUUUGUUUCCAUGAAUCAGACCAAAACAGUUGUAAAGUGAAAGUACAUAUGAGAUACACCCUCCACAACGGGACUAUAGCGAUAUGCAGCGGACAUCCGAUUACUUCUUCAAAUGCGCAGGGGUAUUACUACGUUCGUCUUUCAGCAUGGCCGGUUGUAAAUGCUGAUAUAACGCAUCAUGUUGAAAAUCGCAACGAAAAUAUUUUUCGACGUCGCAGGCAGGUUAUACAGUCGUACCAAGCCGAACGGACGUAUAAGGAAGCCAAGACUCAUCAAAUGGUGUUUACAGCUAAUGGAGGAGCUCGUUCGUUGGUUAUUGAGAUGGUGAUGUGGUGUGCAAAAGGUCGCUCUGGAAAUCAUUGUCAACUUACGUGCCAAAAUACGGGAAACAAAGUUUGCGAUCAACAUGGAAAGCACGUUUGCAAGAAAGGGUUUAGUGCUGUAGGACAGUCAUGCACAGAUGUAGACGAGUGUCAGGUUCAUAACCAGUGCAAGAAUGGAGGCUCCUGUCAAAACUCCCCUGGUUCUUUCAAAUGCAAAUGCCAGGCGGGAUGGACUGGACCGACAUGUGAAAUGGAUUUGAAUGAAUGUACACACGGGUACUGUGUUAAUGCAACUCAAUGCAUAAACAAACCUGGUUCGUUUUUAUGCAGAUGUUCACAUGGAUUUGGCGGACGCUAUUGUACAGAUAGGAACGAAUGCAGUAAUAUAGCUACACAAGUUUGUAAACAUAAUAGCACUUGUUUUAAUACAUAUGGCUCAUAUAACUGCGACUGUGUUGAAGGGUUUACUGGACAAAGAUGCGACGUAGACGUAGACGAGUGCAAACAUUCGGUAUGUGGCUUUCACAGCAAGUCUUGCAUAAACAGUUUUGGAAGUUACAGCUGUAACUGCAGUGACGGUUGGACAGGAAAGACUUGUAGAGAUGUAGACGAAUGUGCACACAACCCUUGUAAUAAUGGUACAUGUAGUAAUACCUUCGGCAGUUAUAGAUGUAAAUGUUAUCAAGGGUAUUCAGGAAAAGACUGUGAAAAUGAUUUUGAUGAAUGCUCUGUGGUGACAUGCGCAAACAACGGAACGUGCGUAAAUUUACCUUAUCCACAAAGAUAUCGUUGCGAUUGUCUUAGUGAUUGGGAUCCCAAAUCACGAUGUCGACAUCAGUUAGAUGAAUGUAAAGCAUUACAACCAUGCGAUCAUGGAAUAUGUUCCAAUGUUCAUGGGCAUUACAAAUGUUCAUGUGACACCGGUUGGACUGGCAGGAACUGUAGCGUUGAUUUAGAUGAGUGUAAACAUCACCCUUGUUUGCAUAAUGGAACAUGUACCAAUACGUUUGGCAUCUACACAUGUCAUUGUUCCGUAGGGUGGACGGGAAAGAAUUGCAGUACUGAUAUAAAUGAAUGUGAUGUGUUUCAUCUUUGCAGUCAUAAUGGUAAAUGCAAUAAUGUAGACGGAGGAUACACUUGUCAGUGUGGCGCAGGGUGGAUGGGACAAAACUGUUCUGUCGAUGUUAAUGAAUGUAAUACGCUUCAUCCAUGCAAAAAUAAUGGUAACUGCAGUAAUACUGUAGGCGGGUACGUUUGUCAUUGCGCCGUAGGAUUGACAGGUCAAAACUGCUCUGUAGAUAUAAAUGAAUGUGAUAAGUUUCAUCCAUGCCAAAAUAAUGGAUCAUGUAUUAACAUACAGGGAUUAUACUCGUGUCAUUGUGCAGUAGGUUGGAAAGGUCAAAACUGUUCAACUGAUAUCAAUGAGUGCAAGACGCUUAAUCAAUGUGGUCAUAAUGGUAAAUGUAGAAACACAUUGGGAGGGUACACGUGCAGUUGCUCAGCAGGAUGGCAGGGGCAUAACUGCACCGUUGAUGUCAAUGAAUGUGAUACAUUUCAUCCGUGCCAGAAUAAUGGCGCGUGCCACAACACGGAAGGAAAUUAUACAUGUCAAUGCCUCAAAGAAUGGAAAGGACAAAACUGUACCGUUGAUGUCAACGAAUGUGACACAUUUCAUCCUUGCCAGAAUAAUGGCUCAUGUGUAAACACGGUAGGAAAUUUUACAUGUCGGUGUCCCAGGGAAUGGAAUGGACGAAACUGUACUGUUGAUGUCAAUGAAUGUGAUACAUUUCAUCCUUGCCAGAAUAGGGGCUCAUGUACCAACACAGAAGGGAAUUAUACAUGUCAGUGCCCCGAGGAAUGGGAAGGACAAAACUGCACCGUUGAUGUCAAUGAAUGUUAUACUUUCCAUCCGUGCAAGAAUCAGGGCGUUUGCAUCAACACAAUAGGAAAUUAUACAUGUCAGUGUCCCGUAGAAUGGAAAGGACCAAACUGUACUGUUGAUGUCGAUGAAUGUGAUACAUUUCAUCCUUGCCAGAAUAACGGCUCAUGUAUCAACACAGAAGGGAAUUAUACAUGUCAGUGCCCCAACGAAUGGAAGGGACAAAACUGUUCUGUGGAUGUUAAUGAAUGUGAUACUUUCCAUCCGUGCCAGAAUAAUGGCUCAUGUGUAAACACGGUAGGAAAUUUUAGAUGUCAGUGUCCAGUGGAAUGGAAAGGGCGAAACUGUACCGUUGAUGUCAAUGAAUGUGAUACUUUUCAUCCGUGCAAGAAUCAGGGCUCUUGCGUCAACACGAAAGGAAAUUAUACAUGUCAGUGUCCCUUAGAAUGGAAAGGACAAAACUGUACUAUUGAUGUCAAUGAAUGUAAUACAUUUCAUCCUUGCCAGAAUAACGGCUCAUGUAUCAACACAGAAGGGAAUUAUACAUGUCAGUGCCCCAACGAAUGGAAGGGACAAAAGUGUUCUGUGGAUGUUAAUGAAUGUGAUACUUUCCAUCCGUGCCAGAAUAAUGGCUCAUGUGUAAACACGGUAGGAAAUUUUAGAUGUCAGUGUCCAGUGGAAUGGAAAGGGCGAAACUGUACCGUUGAUGUCAAUGAAUGUGAUACUUUUCAUCCGUGCAAGAAUCAGGGCUCUUGCGUCAACACGAAAGGAAAUUAUACAUGUCAGUGUCCCUUAGAAUGGAAAGGACAAAACUGUACUAUUGAUGUCAAUGAAUGUAAUACAUUUCAUCCCUGCCAGAAUAAGGGCUCAUGUAUCAACACAGAAGGGAAUUAUACAUGUCAGUGCCCCGAAGAAUGGGAAGGACAAAACUGUUCUGUGGAUGUCAAUGAAUGUAAAACUUUUCAUCCGUGUCAGAAUAAAGGCUUAUGCAUUAACACGAUAGGAAGUUUUACGUGUCAGUGCCCCAAAGAAUGGAAAGGACGAAACUGCUCUGUGGAUGUCAAUGAAUGUGAUACUUUCCAACCGUGCCAGAAUAAUGGCUCAUGUAUAAACACGGUAGGAAAUUUUAAAUGUCAAUGCCCCAAAGAAUGGAAAGGACAAAACUGUUCUGUGGAUGUCAAUGAAUGUGAUAGUUUCCAUCCGUGCCAGAAUAAUGGCUCAUGUGUAAACACGGUGGGAAAUUUUAAAUGUCAAUGCCCCAAAGAAUGGAAAGGACAAAACUGUACCGAUGAUGUCAAUGAAUGUGAUAUAUUUCAUCCGUGCAAACAUAAGGGCUCUUGCGUCAAUACGAAAGGAAAUUAUACAUGUCAGUGUCCCGUAGAAUGGAAAGGACAAAACUGUACUGUUGAUGUAAAUGAAUGCGAUACAUUUCAACCAUGCAAGAAUAAUGGUUCAUGCAGUAAUACGAGAGGUGGGUACACAUGUCAGUGUGUUGAAGGAUGGAAGGAGAAAAACUGUUCCGUUGAUGUUAACGAGUGUGAACUCCACUCUACAUGCCUUCAUAAUGGAACCUGUAGCAACUUUGACGGCGGAUAUAAAUGUACUUGUCCUCUUUAUUGGACUGGUAAGCAAUGUGAAACUGACGUAAACGAAUGUAAUAGUUCACCUUGCAAGCAUGAUUCAACGUGUAAUAACUUUGACGGCGGUUAUACCUGCGUUUGUCUUCCAACUUGGACAGGUACCAAUUGUGAAACCGAUGAAGAUGAAUGCAUUACUCCCCGCUGUAGGCAUAACGGAAAUUGUUCUAACACAGACGGUGGAUAUACCUGCACCUGCCCUAUAAACUGGAGUGGCAUCCAUUGUGAGACAGAUGUUGAUGAAUGUAGAAGUUAUCCUUGUAAAAAUAAUGGAACUUGUGACAAUCAUGCUGGGUCAUAUAGCUGCAAGUGUACAAAUAAAUGGCAAGGAAAGUAUUGCGAAAUGGAUUUUGACGAAUGUAGGGAUAGUCCUAACCCGUGUGAAAAUGGGUAUCAAUGCUAUAAUACCAACGGCAGUUUUAUUUGUAAACACGAUGACAAAGAAACAACAUCCCCAGUCCCUCCAAUAUCUAACACAUCAUUACACAUAAAAAAAGCUACAACUGAAAAGGUUAGCCCAACAAGCGAAAGUAAAUCGCAUAUUCAUAGAAGAACAAGAUCAGCUUCUACAACAAUAACAGCUUCUUCACCGACAGAAGAAAUUAGUACUUCAUCUGUAGCUGUUAUAUCGGCACAAGCUGCUAGCAGUGCAACAUCUGCAGCUUCCGCAUCUGAAACUUACACGUCCUCAAAAACAAACAAUUCAACCUCUGCAGGUUUCACAUUGAUACAAGCAAGCAGAACAACACAUGCAUCUUCGGCAUCGAUAAAAACCAGUGGUGUAAUAUUUACAUCUUUAACAACGACGCAAACAAGCAGUACAAUAUCUGAAGUUUCCACAUCGAACAAAACAAGCCGAGUAACAAGUGAUGGUUCCACAUUCUCACGCAUAAGCAGUAAAACGUAUGAAGCCUCAUCAUCUGCAGCUUUUAUAUCGACAAAAAGAAGCAGUAGAGCACAUAGCGCUACUUCACCGGCACAAACUACCAGCCCAAAACGGACGGUCCCUACAGUGACUGGAUUUGAGGUUUAUACUGUAGAAUUUGUGAAUGCAGUAAACUCAACAGAUUAUGAUAGUAUUACAGCCGGAAUAAAGACUAUGCUUCAAAACAAGACAUGUCCAAGAAGUAAAGAUAUAAACGUUACACUAUUGAGCAGUGGGAAGAAAACGACUUUUUCCGUGGGAUUCCAUGCACAGUGCGACGGUCAAGAUGUCUCAAAUAAACAGAUUGCUGAGGCAUUCAAUGCGUUGUCUCCAGACCAAUUGAAGGUCCUAUUCCCUUUGGAAGUGAAGCAGAAGGGAGGGAAAGGGCCUGAGAACUCGUGGAUUGAGAAGAACAUGAUGAUUGUUGUUGGUGUUGUUGUUGGUGUUGUGCUUAUCAUCGCCGUAGCAGUAGGAUGUAAAUGUUAUAGGUCAAAAAUGCGUAUCCCAGGUAGAAAAGAUGGACCUCUUUAUGAUGACACACCUACAUUCGUUGAACUAAAGGACAGAGACAGUAGUAUAAGUGAAAGAGUUAUAACCACAGAAAAUCCUCUCUUUGACUCGUUUGCCUCUACAAGCAAAGAAAGCACUUUUGCCUAAAAGUGUCAAUACUGCUAAUGGUGUUUUAACUUAAAUCAAUAAUGUACAUGUAAUAUAUACAAUGUAUUACUAUUUUUAUUACGUACACAAACGCCACAUCUACUGAAAUACAGAUUUCUAAGCAAAAUGAUACAAUGAAUAAAUGUCACAAUUUAUUUCAGACACUUUUGUCUCCUUUUGCACGUACAGAAAUCGUUUGUGUUUAAUAGUGAUGACAAUGUAAGAGUGUGUAUGAAGAUUUAUACGUGAACGUCUAUUUAAUAGACGAAUGGUAAAUAUUAAUUCUGACUCUUGCCUGUUCAAGUUAAGACAAUAUGCCUAAUUAAAAUUGAAGACAUGGUAAUAGAAUGUUUGCCAACUUUAACCUCUGAUUCUUUAGCCUGUAUUAAUAUUAUUGCUUAAAAGUGAUAAUAAUGCUAACUUGUUUUGUUUUAAUUAUGUGUUUGAUACGCUAUGUGACUGUUAUUACAUUAGAUGAAUGUCUUUUUUUACUUCAUAUUACGUUAUCACUAUAACAGUUGUAGGUUAUAUGAAGUUUAUUAUCAUAUUGUUGCAUCGUUCACUUUCAUGAAAACAAUGAGGCUAAAAGAUAUGAAACUUUUAAAAAUACCAUAAGAUAAUGUAUUAGAAUUGUGUAUUCAUUGCGUGUAGGCCUGUCACACAGGAGGUUGAGAUGAUUGAUUUUUUUCAGUGAAAAUGUUUGAGGUGUAAUUAAAUUUAAUUAAUUAGUUUACUGAAAUAUUUUCAAAUUAUAUUUUUCCAUAGUUAUUGUCAUGUACAAGUAAAUUUCAUUUUAAUGCAAAAUACCAUUCAUCAAGGCAAUAAGUUUCGCCAGUUUCCUGGAUUAAGAGUCCACAGUACAUAUUAUUCUAGCCAAGCACUACAUAAAAUUAUAACUUAUUUCAUUUGCACAUU